AUGGUCUUCUACCAACCCGGUGUCACUCCCCAUAACCUCCCUCGCGACCCAUUCAAGGCUUGCGUCGUUCCACGUCCCAUCGGUUGGAUCUCCACGCGCUCCGCCACUGGGCAGGACAACCUAGCCCCCUAUUCACAAUUCAACAACCUCACCUUCGAUCCUCCCUACGUGAUGUUCGCCGCCAACCAGACCGAUACCAACCACCAGAAAGACACGACUAUCAAUGUCGAAUCCACCGGGCGCUUCGUCUGGAACGUGGCGACGUAUGACCUUCGCGAGGCCGUCAACAUUACGGCCGAGCAGGUACCGUACGGUGAAGACGAGUUCGUUCGCGCAGGUCUUGAGAAAGAGAUGGCGUCGAUGAUGGAUGUGCCGAUGGUGAAGGCGAGCCCUAUCAAGUUCGAGUGCGAGUAUUAUACAACGUUGAGGCUUCCGGGAAAUCCGCCUAUGGGGUCCGUCGAUGUUGUGGUAGCAAGGGUUGUCGGGGUGCACAUCGACGAGGAAGUCUUGACGGAGGGGAAGGUUGACUUGAAGAAGGUCAUGCCGAUCGCACGGUGCGGAUACUACGAGUACGCGGUGGUGAAAGACACAUUUGAGAUGGUGGUUCCAGGGAGCAUGGCGUUGCUUCACGGUAUGGAGGGAAACAUUGCGGAGAACAGGCGCAUAGGGCAGGAACAGAAGGCAGGAGCUGCUGACAACCAAACACGGUGA